AUGGACUUGAAAGCCUACCUCGCUUCCAAAUAUAUGUCAGGUCCGAAAGCCGAAGCUAUCUUAUCAUCUGUUGCAUCAGAAAGCUCAACACGAAAGAAACGUAAAAAGAAAACUCACGAUCCGAGUAAUCUAACAAGUCAAACUUCAUCGGGGCUUAUUUUGAAAGAUGAAGAUGAAUCAUGUUGGAAGAAUGAGGUGGAAGAAGAAGAGAAUGAACCAGUGAUCGAAACGAUUGCAAAGUUUAAAGGAAAAUCGAAUAAUGAAUCAAAAUGGACAGUCAUCAAACCUUCAGAGGAGACCAAUGAAGAAAACAUAGCAGAAGAUGAACAACCUCAAAUAGUUGAAGAAGUUACAACUGGAGUCACAGGAGGAUUACAAACAGCUGAUCAAAUCAAAUCUCAUCUUAAAUCACAGAAAAUGAAACAAAAAAUAAGAGAAAGUCAAAGAGCAGCAGAAGAAGAUGUAGAAGAAGAAACGGUUUAUCGUGAUUCAUCAGGUAAAAAGAUUGAUACCAAACAACUUCGAGCUGAGGAAAAAAGAAGGCAAGCUAAAGAUUUAGAAAAGGCUAUGAGAAAGAUGGAGUGGGGAAAAGGUUUGGUACAAAGGGAUGGUAAGAAAGCUGAUGCCGAUGAAUUGAGUAAGAUAGCUGCUCAACCUUUUGCAAGAACGAUUAACGAUCAAGAGAUGAAUCAAGAGAUGAAGGGUGUUCAACGCUGGAAUGAUCCUGCAGCUGGUUUCUUGACUAAACCAUCCAAAUCGACCUCCAAGCCAACCCGACCUAAAUACAAUGGUCCACCACCACCGCCUAAUCGAUAUGGAAUUCCUCCGGGUUAUAGAUGGGAUGGAGUAGACCGUUCAAAUGGAUUUGAGAAAAAACUCUUUGCAACUGGAAAUGAUAAAAAACGAACUAAAGCAGAAGCUUAUAGUUACUCUGUGGAUGAUAUGUAA